UUUAGGUUUGCUGAGCUUCCUUCCUCAUUUCACCUGUAACUGAAAGUCACUGAUCAACAAUGACUCGGGUGAACAGAGACAUGAAAGCUGUGAUUAAGCUGCAGUUGAUCCUGAUAGGAGUCUGUAGUGCUCCUGUGUCCUGUGUUCAGCUCGUCCCUCAGUGUUUAUCUCAGGGACAGAUGAAGGUGUCCUGCUUGUCUCAGGGCGGCAGUCCUCAAUACAGCUGGACUCUGGAUGGACGCCCACUGACAGACUCUGAGCUCUUCUCUGGAAAUACUGAGGCCAGCAUCAUCGUUCUGAGACAAAACAUCCUAGGACAUCUGAUCUGUUCAGUCAGGAGUCAAGUCAGUAACUCCUUCAAAGGGAUGAACUUAACUUACUGUGCGGUGACACCUUCCUGUGAUGGCAGAGAGAAUGAAGCUCAGUGUUUUGGAGCUUUGGGAGGAGCAGUAGACAUUCAGCUGAUGGACAACAUGAUCAAUGACCUGAGAAGGAAUGACAGCGGUGAAUAUAAACUUGAAAUGUUUGAUGGAGAUGGAAAAAUGACAGGAUGGAAAACUCUGCAUCUAUCUGUUAUUGCUCCUGUGUCCUCUGUUCAGCUCGUCCCUCAAUGUUUAUCUCAGGGACAGAGGAAUGUGUCCUGUGUGUCUCAAGGUGACAGUCCUCAAUACAGCUGGACUCUGGAUGGACACAAACUGACAGACUCUGAGCUCUUCUCUGGAAAUCUUGAGGUCAACAUCAUCAUUCUGAGACAUAACAUCUCAGGACAUCUGGUCUGUUCAGUCAGGAAUGAAGUCAGUAACUCCUUCAAAGGGAUGAACUUAACUUAUUGUGCGGUGAAAACUUCAUGUGAUGGCAGAAAGAAUGGAGCUCGUGUUUUGGAGUUUUGGGAGAAGCAAUAG